AUGAAUGAGAGAACUGCAAGAAGCUUUGUAAGCACAGGGGAUGAACACAGCCGGGGGAACUGGGGUCACUUGGACCAGGUGGCCGCACUGCGCUGGGUCCAGGACAAUAUCGCCAACUUUGGAGGGGAUCCAGGCUCUGUGACCAUUUUUGGAGAGUCAGCAGGAAGUGAAAGUCUCUCUGUUCUCGUGUUGUCUCCUAUGGCCAAGAACCUCUUCCACAGGGCCAUUUCUGAGAGUGGUGUGGUCUUCACUUCUGGUUUGUUUAUGGAGAAUUCCAGUUCACUGACUGAACAAGUUGCUGUUGCUGCUGGCUGUAAAACCACCACAUCUGCUGUCAUUGUUCACUGCCUGCGCCAGAAAAUAGAGGAAGAGUUCUUAGAGAUCACACAGAAAAUGAACUUUUUCAAGCUUGAUUUACAAGGAGAUACCAGAAAGCAUUAUCCCUUCACACCAACUGUUCUUGAUGGGGUGGUGCUGCCAAAGGCACCAGAAGAGAUCCUGGCAGAGAAGAGCUUCAACACCGUGCCCUACAUGGUGGGCAUCAACAAGCAAGAGUUUGGUUGGAUUCUGCCAAUGCUAAUGGAAUUUCCACCAACUGAUGUAAAACUGGACAAAAAGAUGGUCUCCUUGCUCCUGAUGAAGUCUCUGCCAUUUCAGAACAUACCAGAGGAUGGAAUUCCAGAUGCCAUGGAGAAAUAUUCAAUAGGCACAGAUGACCCAGUCACAAACAGAGACUUGUUCCUGGAGUUGAUUGGGGACGUGAUGUUUGCUGUACCAUCUGUGAUUGUAUCUCGUGGCCACAGAGAUGCUGGAGCCCCCACCUACAUGUACCAAUUUCAGUAUCACCCAAGCUUCUCAUCAGAACUGAAACCUAAGACAGUGAUUGGAGACCACAUAGAUGAAAUCUACUCUGUCUUCGGUGCUCCAGUUUUAAGAGAAGGUGCCUCAGAAGAGGAGACCAACCUCAGCAAGAUGAUGAUGAAAUUCUGGACCAACUUUGCUCGGAUGAGUGGGAAUCCCAAUGGGAAGGGGCUGCCCCAUUGGCCAGAGUAUGACCAAAAGGAAGUUCUGCAGAUUGGAGCCACCACCCAGAAAGCCCAGAGACUGAAAGAGGAGGAAGUGGCUUUCUGGACUGAGCUCAGGACCAAGAAACCUCCCCAGACAGUGCACACUGAGCUAUGA